AUGUCACACUCCCUUGCCAAAUCACCGUGUGUCAAUUGCCGAGGUGACCGAAGACGGCCGAAAUGCAGUCGAUGCGAUAUCAAGGGACUCGAUUGCGAGCCAGUCCAGCGAAAACACGUGUUCCGACUGGGCUCAACCGCAAAUUUAGAUGCAAAUUUCAGGCAUGAUCAAAUAUGGGUGAACAGCCAGCCACGGAAUUGGAGGCAAUCUGCAGGAGCAGAUCGAAUAUCGCAAUGUCGGUCUACUUUGACUAACUCGGAUGAGCACUCCAACAGCCCACCCACAUCAGGGUACCGUGUCGAUAACGUUCAGCGCAGCUAUGGAUCAGACACGUUGGACCACCAUACGCAACCAGAGAGCGGUCCAGGUGCACACGUCCCGCUAGAUAUUCACUCGCAAUCCGAUGGAUGGAUAGCAACUCAUUCCCACAGCCCAUUCAGUGAUGCCGCCUGUUCCGUACGCUCCACACAUGACAAUGCACCUGAAGGGCAAGACCGACGCCCGACGAAUCCUAAUCAAGACAGUCAGCCCCUUGGGGACAAUUAUCAGAUAAUCAGAAGUAAUCUCUCACAACUGAACCAAACGUCUACAACAUCUUCUCUGGUUUCAGACACACAGGCCUCGCGUCAGUUGCAAGAAUCUUGUUUGAUGCGGUAUUUCAUCGAAGAGCUGUCUCCAUGGUUUGACCAUUGUGACGAGUUACGCCAUUUCCAACUGGUGGUGCCUCGUCGGGCGGAAAAUUGUCUUGCUCUGCGAAAUGCAGUGUUUGCCGUAUCAUCGCGUCAUCUUUGCCGCUUACCACAAUACACGACAUCGCGAGGGAUCAUGUAUCACGGGGAAUGUUUACCGGAACUGACCAAGUCAACAUCGUUUGAGUACCUGUUAAAGUGUAUUCCCGAGUUGAUUCGAUUUCACGAAAUCCAGGACCUCACUCACCAAGAGAAUAUCAUGGCCGCGACCGUGAUCUUACGGCAGUACGAGGAAAUGGAAGAAGAGCUCGAAGAAGGGGAGGUCGGCAACUACGCCAAUGAACGAGUAAAUUUCUUGGCCAUCACUCACACAAUCAUCGACACUAUGAUUUCGGCCCCACUCGACCAUCCCUUGGCCACCGCAGCCUUUUGGAUUACCAUCAGACAAGAUGUUUACUGCGCGUUGACGAGACAGCAGACGCCCGAGUUUCGAUUUGGCCCCGAGAGUCUGAAACCAUCUGUUGCCAAUACCAUGGUCAUUUUCGCUAGUGAAGUAGCCAAGUGGCGGUGGGGAAAUAAGACUUCAAAUCAAUGGGAAUUCCUCAAGAGCAGGCAACAUCAGCUCGACUCCGAAUACAUGCAUGAGCUAAUACCACUCCUCGACCAAAAGGCCGAUAGAGCGAGAGGAUCUAUCUUCCCCACGAUAUGGUAUAUGGCCGAAUCUCAAGUAACAGCGGUUCAACAUUUCAAAUUAGGAGAAAUGAUCCUAAUUGCAGAAAGCCCUUUUCUCGAGAAAGCACGCGGUCCAGUACAUCGCAAAGCGGAGGCCCAGGUUCGGGAAAUUGUACUGUUUCUUUGUGGUAUUGCAGUGGGUCACCCGCGAUGUCAACCUGCCCUGGUGAAUGCUGUGAUUGCAAUUACACUUUACGGUGAAUACUUCACCCACUCGGAUGAGCGAGACGCACUCCUCGGGGUUAUCAACCAAACCAUGAGCCUUCACGCCUGGCCAAUGCGCAAAGCCUACCAAACCCUCAGCAGGCAGUGGGAAUUAGCCGAUGCGGUAUAG